AACCAUAGAAGCUAAGAAACCUAGCAUUUCUAUUUUAAUGUACUAUCCUUCCAACAAUCUUUUUCUUACUACUACUACAACCACUAUCUCUAGUUACUAUAAUGAAUGAUCUUGAAGAACAAAUCAACCUUGAAACUCCAGCCCAUUAUCAUGACUUCUCUACUUCAUUUUCAUCCUCUAAUGGCUUAAAUUCUCCUUCAACCAUCACUUCUACUACUACUACUUCUUCUUCUUCUUCUUCUUCCUCCUUGAAGAGAAACGUGAAAAUUUCAAUAGAAUAUAAAUUCAAAAAAAUCUCAAAAAAAGUUCAAGAAUUCAACUACAAAGGAAACGAUCAUAUUGGUGGCACCGAUGAAAACAGGAAGAGAAGGAAAAAAGAGGGCGAUGACAAGCAUCCGACAUAUAGAGGAGUUCGUAAGAGGAAUUGGGGAAAAUGGGUGUCGGAAAUUCGACAGCCAAGGAAGAAAUCAAGAAUAUGGCUAGGAACUUAUGCGACGGCUGAAAUGGCGGCUCGAGCUCAUGAUGUCGCGGCUUUAGCCAUCAAAGGACACUCGGCUUACCUUAAUUUUCCUUAUUUAGCUGAUCAACUCCCACGACCAGCUUCUACUUCCCCUAAGGACAUUCAAAUCGCUGCUGCAAAAGCCGCUGCCACCACAUUUCCUGAGGAUAUGAAGUCUCGAGCCGAAUCCAGCCAUGAAAUCUCGAACCCAAUCGAGAUACAGAAUUCAUGUUCAUCCACCGACUUAUCAACGGACAACGAUGAUACAUUUUUCAACCUGCCUGAUCUUUCACUAAAUAAAGUGGAUCAAAUUGGCCGUUAUUCUGAUCCAAUUUCAACUUGGCAGCAGGUUGGAGCCGAUGUUGGAUUCUGGCUCGAGGAGCCAUUUUUAUGGGAGAGCCACUAGAAAAGAAACAAAACACUUAAAAAACCAACCAUUAUAGCAAAAGCCAAAUUUUGUAAACUCGUGUUCAUAUAUAUAUCUACCAUAGUUUUCUGCUUUAA